AACAUUAGGGUUUUAUUCACAUUAAACCAUUCUUUAACCCAAUUAAAUGGAAGCCAAACGGUUUGGUAUUAUCGACGGUGAGUAAGAGUAUCAUCGACGGAGAAAAUGGAAGCCCUCUGCGAUUCCGAUAUCUUCUGAUUUCAAUUCCCAUCUCUUUGGCUCUCUGAAAUCUUUGGUUUCUUGAGCUUGAUAGAUACUUAGAUGGAAAGUCUCUUCAACGGCUUCUAUCUAUCUGCCAUGUUCUUGAAGAUGUAUCGGUGAAUUUGGGUGAUAGUGAACACGAUAUGGGGAAGAUCAUUGUCAUGGUCCCGUCUUUACAGAGUUUAACACUCUAUGGCAGAGACCUUCUUCUAGAUGGGUUAGAGAUAGAUACCCCCUCUUUGGAGUAUUUGAGACUUAUGGGUCUUGAUACUGUGAGUGGAUCGUGUUUGGUUGCGAAUAUGCCUAAUCUGGAAGAGGCGGAUUUAGAUGUUGGAUUCUCUGACAUCAAGAGUCUUAUUGGAUCAAUCACAUCUGUCAAGUGGCUUACAUUAUCUUCGCAGUCGUCACUGUAUGGCAACGGUUUAGUCUUCCACCAGCUUGAAGAUUUGGAGCUAAGUCGUUGCACAGUGUGGUCGUCUAACCUGCUUGCUCGCUUGCUCCAAGAUUCUCCUAACUUACAAAGUCUUGAAAUCCAUAGAAACCGAUUUCGUGAGGGUGAGGCUAUAACAAUUCGCUGGACUCAACCGAGUAGAGUUCCUCAAUGUCUUGUGUCGACACUACAAACUUUCAUCUGGGUUGCAUACACGGGAAAACCAGAAGAGAGAGAUGCUGCGGUUUACGUCUUGGAAAACGCUUCUCGCCUAGAGACUGCAAGGUUCUCGUUGGUUGGAACUUCUAUUUUCAGACUUGAGAUGCGCAAGGAGUUGUCAGAUUGUUCACGAGGAUCACCCACAUGCCAACUCUUUUUUUGAUUGUUCAUGAGCAUCACCGACACGCCAAUAGGAUUGGAACUUCCUUGUCUGUUAUAUGUUUGUUGUCGAAGAAAGUUGCACAAUUGGAACAUAUAUUUUUGGGAAAGAUUGUUGAUUUAGCCUAUUUUACUAUGUGUUGCUUGUUCAAGGGGACUGCUAAGAUUGUUCGUGACUAGUGUUUGAAUUGUUUUCUAUUCAUAACACUUUACAAGAAAAGAGUGACCAGUUGACUCUCCAUCUUGGG